UUUGAAAGUAAAUAUGUACAACGAGGAUCCAGGAGCUCACUUCAAUCAAGGAAUUUUCGGAGGUGAAGGAAAACAGAAGACACAACAACUCAAAAACCUAACAACUGCUGAGAUAAAGAACAUUGUCGGAGGCCUCAACAGGCCACCCUUCAUGUGCAAUCUAUCCCUCGUAGACUUUGAUGACAAGACACCACUUGAACUCCUAGAGUUAUUGAAUACUGUUCUGGGGGAACUUGACGAAACCCACAAAGCUGUAGAUAUCAGAUCUGAGACUCAAGAUGCCACCACUGAAAGAAUUUGUGGCUUCUUGACUGUGCUUGGAUUUCCAUUUGAUCUUACCCCAUCAUUAAAGAGAGAUGUAGUACAUGGAGACAAGAAGACCAUUCAUAAUAUCCUGAACUGGAUUCUACAAAGACCUCAAGAUUUGAAGAGAAUCUCUUAUACUUCAAAGUUCUUAGUGGCCUUGUCAAUCCCUGAAGAACUAAUGAUGGACGAAGAGAUUAGAGAGACUAUGGAUGUCUACAAAAACCUCCAGGCUGAAUUCACUGCUGUACAUCAGAACUUAGAGGUUUUGAGAUCUGAAGCAAUGUCACCAGAUCAGCUGAAGAAAGAGAUCACUCAGCUUGAAUCAGAAAAAGAGCAACUCAUCUCAAAGAUCAGUAUCUUCAAGGACAAGAAUGAUGAUCCUGAUUUCAAGGAUCUCCUCGAUGCUACCAGCCAGCUUAGAAAAGAGCAAGAGACUGAAGCUAGGAAUGCUGAGAAGAUGUCUGAACAAAGAAACAUGCUUGAACAAUCUGAACAACAAGAGUACAUGACUAGACAAAGACUCAUGGACGCGCAGAAGAACUCCUCUGCUGAUGUCACUGCUGACCAGAUGCUAGUUCAAUUGAGAAACGAGACUAAGAAGAACAGAGAGCUCUGCUACGAUGUCUUGGAAAGAGAGUAUGAAGAUAAGUACCAGAGAAGCCAGAAAAUAGAAAUGGUUCUGGCCGAACCAGUCACCACUCAAGGAGACAUUGAUCAGUUAGCCAAUGAGGUUAGAAGACUUCAGAGAGACUGCCAGGUCCUUGACGACAAACUUAGCUCUACUAACCCAGCUGAUGACAAUCUUGCUAUUUACAAGACUCAAGCAGCUGCUGCUUCUAAAAAGAAGGAGAAUAAGAAUGAUGAGAUGCAGACACUUGAGAAAGAAAAAAUUGCUCUUGAGAAACUUAUGGCAGAGAAAGAACAGGAAUAUGUACAGACUAAAGGAACUAAGUACAUGAAGAGAGAUGACUUCAAGCAAUACGCCGCAUCUCUUAGAGGAAAGAACCAGAAAUAUAAAAAAAUGAAGAAGAACCUUGAAGACAUCAGAUCCGAACUAGCUGUACUCAACAGAACUGAGCAAAUCUUGAAAAACAAGGCUGAAAUGACUGAUGACUUGAUGAAGAAGCUCGAAGAGCAAAAGGGAAUUGCCGGAUAUUCUAAAAUCCAAGAUGACAUGGAGAAGGUUGCUAAAGACAGACAAGAAAUUGAUAAACUUAAAGAAGGAUCUCUCCAAGAACUUACUAAGGUCGUACAAAAUAUUGAAGAACAACUUAAGUCUAAGAAGUCUAAGCUUGCUCCCCAGAUUAAACAGCUGAGAACUUAUCGAAAGAAAUACGAGGAAAGAGAAGGUGAUUAUCUAAAGCAUAAAAAGGCAUAUGAGAAUACUCUCAUGAGUUUUGAAGCUGAUAAGAAGAAUCUGGAAGAAGACACCAAUAAGCUAUGGAAUGAGUAUAAGGAAGAAGAGACUAAGUAUCACUCCUUGAACAUUCAGAGUACUAUCCAUAGUGUUUUGAAGAAGAAUAUCCAAAUGGAGACCCAAUUCCAAAAGAACCCAGAUGCUAGAUUAUCUGAUGAUUUCAAGUCUCUUUCUGAAAUGUACUCUGCAAAAUUAGAGCAGGAGGAUGAGACCAUCAGAGAUUUAAAGAAGCAUCAGAGAUAUGUCAAGGAUAACCUCGAAAAUAACAGCUUACAAGUGAGACUCUUUGACGACCUUGUCAAGAUCUUGGCAGUCAAGAAGAAGUCUGCUCUCUCAGGAGAGGCAGCUGGUAUCGGUUAUGAAGACAAGAAUGCCAAGGACUAUGACAGAUUCGUUCUGAGAGAAGACUAGUUUACCUGACAAUUCAAUCAAC